CGGUGCUUCCUGUCGGGGAGGUUUCGCUAGCUUGUGGAGCGGUUUUGGUCAUGUUUCGGAAUGUUUUUGGUAGAUUGGUGACAGAAACCGUUCGUGUCCACCGCUAUGUGAAAAGAGCACCUUUAAUACGGGGGGAGACGGCAGCCUUUGUGUCGGUCAGGAGCUUCUCGGAUGUGAAGGACGAAGUGCAGGAGCCUUUCGACACCUCCCUGCUCGAGUUCCUGGUAUGUCCGCUGUCCAAGAAGCCGCUGAGGUACGAGGCAAAAACCAAUGAGCUGAUCAAUGAGGAGCUUGGAAUCGCCUAUCCCAUCAUCGGUGGCAUCCCCAACAUGAUCCCGCAGGAAGCCAGACUCGUACAGAAAGACCCAGAUCCCUCAACCACACCCACGCAGGGGUAGAAACUCCAUCACAAC